GUGGAAGACGGAACAAGCUUCUGCUACUCGACAUCGUUCAAAGAAUAUACGUUGAAAUAAACUGCCUGGUGAACCCUAGUUGAGGCAGAGCAGUGGGGCUGACAAUGCUGCAUAUUGAGUUGGGUGUGACCCCUUGUUCCGGUAUGACAAGUCGGUAGAAUCCUCGUCAAACUUGAACUUCCAGAACUUGCAACAGGUUGAAUUCUAUCGCAACAGCCUAUCCCACGUGUUAUUUGAGAAGAUGUGUUAUCAUAUCGAAACGAGGAAACAAAUAAUUUUGUUUGUCGCCUUAUCAAUCCUCGUCACUGGUAUGGUCUUGGUUUUGGUCGUGACCAUUUCAUCGAACGACACAUUUAAAAACGUGGCUCCAAUACCUCACGCUGUUGAUGAAAAAAUCGUUCUUCUAUUCUGGUCUAAAUUAUGGGGCAAGCCCGCCAAAAAAGCCAUAGAAAUACAGAAGGGAAACGACAGAGGGAAAUGUCCAGUUGCCUGUGAAGUGACGUCUGACCGGAACAGGGUCAAGGAUGCAGAUUCAUUUCUAGUUCAUGCACGUGACCCGCACCCCCUACCUCCAAAUAAAGACAUACCUUGGGUUCUUAUGACACAGGAAAACCCUGUGUACACACCGGUUUUAAAAAACCCAAAAUACAUGUCACAGUUCCAUUUGUUACAAAGCUACAGACUUGAUUCAGAUUUUCCCAUUCCUCUUUUUACCAAGCCAAGUUUGGACCUUCCGUUACCAUUUAAAAACAAAACGGGAGGCAUAAUCGCUGCAUUUUCAAACUGUGAGCCGGUUCGAACCAAGUAUCUUGGACAACUGAUGAAGUUCAUUAAAAUAGAUUCGUAUGGUCGAUGUUUACGAAAUAAAAAAGGACUAAUUAACCGUUACGAAACUGACUUUAAAAAGAAAAAGUUGCUCUUACAGAAGACCUAUAAAUUUGCGAUAACAUUCUUUAACCAAGAUUGCGAUUAUUUCGUCGAUGAUCAAAUUUUGCAUGCCCUAAAUGCAGGUGCUGUACCUAUUGUAAUGAGUACGGACAAGAUUUAUGAAUUUUUACCAGGAAAUCUUAGAAAUUCCAUCGUUAAUGUCAGGGAUUUCAAAAAUCCAGCCGCUCUGGCUGAACACCUAAAAUUUCUGAUGAACAAUGAAACAGAGUAUAACAAGUAUUUGGAAUGGAAAACUAAAGGGCUGGGUGACAUAAGUGGUACGAUUAUCGGUAAUUAUUGGAGAAAAUUUGAUAGAUGGUGUCUAACGUGUCAGGCGAUAGCUCAGGGAAAGUGGCAUAAAGAAGGACUUAAAGUCGACUUAUGUCAGCGCAGAAAUUACAGUACUUGGGUAAUAAAAUAAUGUUCCAUCGCUAAUAUUUUAUUUAUAAUCUUAAUAUUUUUUUAAUUUCAGUAUUUGAUAUCUGCAGUGUUCUCAUUUUUCAAUGAUUUUGUA